AAGGAUUAAAAAAGUAAAAGUUGUGAGGGCACGGCGGUUUUAAAGGGGUAUUAACUAACGGGCCGCGCAGUGACGCCAGCGGGCCGCUGUCACCUGGUCGGGGAGGGCCUGUGAGGUGGCGGUGGGAUGAGGAGGAGGAGGAAGAGUUCUCGCGGGAAGUAGCCAUAGCGACGGACCCGCUUGGCCGCGGGGGGAGCGGGCAGCCGCCGCCUCGGUCGGUCAGCGGGGACGGUGAGGAAGGCGGGAUUAGAGCGGGAGCAUAGCCGGGGAUGAGAGCUGGCUGCUGAGGCAGUGGUCCCCGUAGCGCUGCGCUCUCCAGGUAAAGGCGGGCUGGGGUAGAAGGAGGAGGUAGUGAUCCCCCCUCCCCUCGCCAGGGCAGGUCUGACUCACUCCAUGGUGGGCGAAAGGGUCGGGACCCUGACCGGUGCCUCUGGCUUGGCGUAGGAGGAGAGGAAGGAGAGCUCCGGGAGACCGCCGGGCGGCGAGUUAAAAUGUACCUGCAUAUCUUUUGUUAACGCUACAACUGAAAUGAGACUGAAGACUUCACUUCUAAAGGAGCCAAAACAUAAAGAAUUAGUUAGCUGUGUGGGAUGGACUACAGCUGACGAGCUCUAUUCCUGCAGUGAUGAUCACCAGAUUAUGAAAUGGAACCUUUUAACCAGCGAGACAACUCGAGUAGUGAAACUGCCUGAUGAGAUUUAUCCUAUAGAUCUCCACUGGCUUCCCAGAAGUAUAGGUGGGAAGAAGCAGUCUCAGGCUGAGAGCUUUGUUCUUACAAGUUCUGAUGGGAAAUUCCACUUGAUCUCCAAGUUAGGGAGAGUAGAGAAAAGCGUGGAAGCCCACUGUGGAGCUGUUCUGGCAGGAAGGUGGAAUUAUGAAGGAACAGCACUGGUUACAGUUGGGGAAGAUGGUCAAGUGAAAAUCUGGUCUAAAAGUGGAAUGCUGAGAUCCACUUUAGCUCAGCAAGGAACUCCAGUGUACUCAGUAGCCUGGGGACCUGAUUCUGAAAAAGUUCUCUACACUUCAGGGAAGCAGCUGAUUAUUAAACCUCUUCAGCCAAACGCCAAAGUUUUGCAGUGGAAAGCCCAUGAUGGACUCAUUUUGAAAACUGACUGGAACUCAGUUAAUGAUCUUAUUCUUUCUGGAGGUGAAGACUGUAAAUAUAAGGUUUGGGACAGUUUUGGACGUCUCCUCUACAGCUCCCAGCCCCACGAAUAUCCUAUUACAUCUAUUGCUUGGGCUGCAGAUGGAGAGCUGUUUGCUGUGGGAUCUUUCCAUACUUUGCGUCUCUGCGAUAAAACUGGGUGGUCUUACGCCUUGGAGAAGCCCAACACUGGCAGCAUCUUUAAUAUCUCUUGGUCUAUUGAUGGCACUCAGCUGGCUGGAGCCUGUGGAAAUGGCCAUGUCAUCUUUGCCCACGUUGUGGAGCAGCGCUGGGAGUGGAAGAACUUCGAAAUAACCUUAAUUAAGAGGAGAACCAUGCAGGUACACAACGUUCUGAAUGAUGCAGUGGAUCUGCUGGAAUUCCGGGACAGGGUCAUUAAGGCCUCUCUGAACUAUGGGCAUUUGGUGGUUUCAACUUCUCUUCAGUGCUAUGUCUUCUCUACAAAGAACUGGAACACACCACUGAUCUUUGACCUGAAGGAAGGAACAGUUAGUUUGAUUCUACAAGCAGAAAGGCAUUUUCUUCUGGUUGAUGGUGGUGGACUUUACUUAUAUUCCUAUGAAGGAAGAUUAAUUUCCUCUCCAAAAUUUCCUGGGAUGAGAACAGACAUUUUAAAUGCCCAGACAGUAUCUCUGAGUAAUGAUACCCUAGCAGUAAAAGACAAAGCUGAUGAAAAGGUUAUCUACAUAUUUGAAGCUUUGUCUGGGAAGCCACUGGGGGAUGGAAAGCCUCUAACCCAUAAGACAGAAAUUGUGGAAAUUGCUUUGGACCAAAGAGGACUUACAAGUGAAAGAAAAAUAGCUUUUAUUGAUAAGAACAGAGAUCUUUACAUCACUUCAGUGAAGAGGUUUGGAAAAGAACAGAAGAUUGUCAAAAUAGGUACCAUGGUUCAAACUUUGGCCUGGAACGACACAUCUAACAUCCUCUGCGGCAUUCAAGAUGCUCGUUUCACAGUCUGGUACUACCCCAACACAGUCUACGUGGAUAAAGAUCUUCUGCCAAAAACUCUGUAUGAAAAAGAUGCAAGCGAAUUCAGCAAAAAUCCCCAGAUUGUGCACUUUGUAGGCAACCAGACAACGAUUAGAAGAGCAGAUGGUUCACUUGUCCACCUCAGUGUUUCACCUUACCCUGCCAUUCUCCAUGAGUAUGUUUCUGGGUCCAAAUGGGAAGAUGCCGUCAGGUUGUGUCGCUUUGUCAAGGAUCAAACUCUGUGGGCAUGCUUGGCUGCUAUGGCAGUUGCCAACAAAGAGAUGGCUACAGCAGAGAUCGCCUACGCAUCCAUCGGGGAGAUUGACAAAGUUCAGUACAUCAACUCCAUCAAAGAUCUUCCAUCCAAAGAGUCCAGGAUGGCUCACAUCCUGCUUUUCAGUGGAAACACCCAGGAAGCUGAAACCCUCCUCCUUCAAGCUGGCUUGAUUUAUCAAGCUAUUCAAGUCAACAUUAACCUUUACAACUGGGACAGGGCUCUGGAGCUAGCAGUGAAGCACAAGACACACGUUGACACAGUGCUGGCUUAUCGACAGAAGUUCCUAGAGGGCUUUGGAAAAACUGAAACCAACAGAAGGUUUUUGCAGUAUGCAGAAGGUGUGACCAGGCCAAAUCAGAUACCCAGCAGCACAGCCACCUACAUGGCCAUCAUGUGUAAUGUGCUUGUUUCCUCUGUCCUGUUUACUCGCCCUGGGAUGAUUUGGUUGCUGACGUCUGUGCUCAGAUGGUGACCCCAUAAGCUGCCUGCACCCAGGAGCUGCGUUGAGGUUGGUGGAAGGGCAGAAGGAUCAUAGAAUCACAGAAAGGGAGGAGCUGGAAGAGACUUCUAGAGUCCAACGCCCCCCACCGCUGGCACAGGAACACCCUAGGUCAGGUUGCACAGGAAUG